GCUCUGCUAUAUUACGCCGCCACGUUAAUUCAUCACUUCUUUGGGUAUAUCAUAUGAUUAUUUAGGUCCAUCUUUCCGUGCCUGUGUUCUUCGUUAUGUCGUUGCGAAUGUUAUUAUAACCUGCAUAAUCUGAAAAAUGGAUAUUGUAAAUCAAAUAUUGGACAACGAAAAUAAUAAAAAUGAUUGUAUACAACAAUUAAUAAAUGUAGAGAAAGAAAUUGACGUUGAUAUUGAUGAAGGAACACUUUUAGUUUCCGACUAUAACACAUUGAAUUUAAAAGCACCAAGUAAGUUAGAGCCAAACUUGGAAGCACUUACAAGAGAUAAUGUUCAAUUACUAAUAAAUAAAAUCUGGACUUUACCAAUAAAAUGCGUUGAAGAAGUUAUUUUAGCAGAGUUACCGAAGCCAAAAUAUGUAUUACCAAGAUCACGAAAAUUACCCAAGCCAAAAUCAUUAACCAAAUGGCAGCAAUUUGCUAAAGACAAGGGUAUUCGAACUAAGAAGAAAGGUCGAUCAAAGCUCAAAUGGGAUGAUUUAUUACAAAAAUGGAUUCCAACAUAUGGUUUUCGUAAUGUAGAAGCCGAAAAACAGAAAGAAUGGUUGGUUGAAUGUCAUGAUGAUGGUAAACCAAUACAAGAUCCAUUUGUAGCACUCAAAGCAUCGAAAAAUGAAAAAAAAGCUAAAAAUGAAUUGCAAAGACUUAGAAAUUUGGCUAAGGCAAGAAAAGUUAAAAUUCCUAAAGUUGGAUUUCCUAGUUCAGAGCAUUUUAAAGAUUCUAAACAACUAUCAAUGGGUGCUAAGAUUGCAGAGGUUUCAACUGCUUCAAUGGGUCAGUUUAAUGAAGUAUUAAAGAAAAAUGUCAAGAAAACAAAGGGUAAAAAAGUCACUAAAAAGAAAAAAUCUGGGCAAUUAAAAGAAUUAGGUACUAAGAAUAAGAAGAAACCAAAAGCAGGAAAGGGAAAUAGAGAUUUUCGUAAAAAAGUUGGUGGUAGAAAAAGAAGACAGUGAUAAGCUGAAAAAUAUGUUAAUAUUCAAUGAUAAUUCUUAAUGUUACAUAAAUCAUAAAUAUGUGCUCAU